AUGCCUGUCGGUCCUGGAGGAUCAAACACUUCAGGAAACCAACCGAGGCAAACGUUUAGGCCCCCAUGGGUUAAAGAGGGCCCCCCACCGAUUCCCAUGCCGAGUCAACCAUGGGUUAAAUCAAAUAGAAAUUUUCAACCAUCCGAAAAUAAGCAAGAAAAUCCACCGCCUUUUUUAAAACAACUUCGUAAGCAACCUUCUAUGGAUAAACCAUCUCCUCCUCCUCCUCCUACGGUUGGACCUGUUGAAAAAAAAACAAAUUUACCACCGACGACGAGAGAAAAUGGUACGAUGCCACCCGGAAAUAGAGAUAUGCUUGCGAAAAACAUAAUGCCGGAGCAACCGGUGAAAAGGAUACCGGAACCUGUACAAAAACCCCCCCUACCGACCGACAGAAGAACAUCGGAAGUCAGUAUUCCAAUAAAAAUUGAAAAAACGACGUCGAAAACUAUGGUUAAACCACCCCUGGAAAAUCAAGUCGUCAAACCUGUGGAUAAAAUUCCAGGUCCUCCGAAACCUCCACCUUUUAUGCCACCGGCACCUCCGGCACCACCACCUCCACCUCCAUCGGAAAAAGAUUUGGGUAAGUUAAUAUGA